CCAUGCUGUCAGUUUUCUGACAGCACAUUUGUCGUGAGAAAACAACAACACGGUGAACAAUCCAGAGGAUUAAAUUAUUCUUAACAACCUUCACGACACGAACAAAAGAUGGCACACAUUAUGAGGCAGCUGGGUUUCGCUACGGCAGGAUCAAAUGCGUCGCUUAUUACACGCCACAUGAGUGUAAUGGCAAAGGUGUUACGCUACGGUGAGUUUGGUGAACCGGCUAAAGUGCUACAACUGCAGGAGGAAACAGUUCCGGAUCCGAAACAAGGUGAGGUACUGAUAAAGACACUCGGUGCACCGAUCAACCCAGCCGAUAUAAACACUAUUCAAGGAAAGUACCCAGUCAAACCGGCAUUUCCCGCCGUCGGUGGAAACGAAUGCGUUGGAGAAAUUGUGGCCAUUGGAGGAGAGGGCAGUACCAGCAACAGUCUUAAAGUGGGUGAUCGCGUUGUUCCAUUUGCUACCGGUCUCGGUACGUGGCGUUCCCAUGCAAUCUACAGCGCAAAUCAACUGAUGAAAGUUCCGGCAAAUAUCGGCGUGGCGGAAGCAGCAACAAUCACCGUGAAUCCAUGUACCGGUUACCGGAUGUUGAAAGAUUUUGUCACAUUGAAACCGGGUGAUACCGUAAUACAGAACGGGGCUAACUCUGCCUGCGGCCAGGCCAUUAUUCAGUUGUGCCGGGCUUGGAAUGUGGAAUGUGUGGGCAUCGUACGUGACCGGCCCGAGUUUGGACAGCUGAAAGAUUACCUGAAAGGGCUUGGGGCAGCAGAGAUACUUACCGAGGAAGAGCUGCGCACGACGAAACUAUUCAAGGAUGGCAUCUUUCGAAAGCCAAAGUUGGCACUGAACUGCGUCGGUGGAAAGAACGCACUGGAGCUGUCCCGACAGCUGGAUCAGGCCGGUGUAAUGGUCACGUACGGCGGUAUGUCGCGGGAACCGGUCACCGUACCUACGGCAUCACUUAUUUUUAAGGAUCUUCGGUUCGUCGGCUUCUGGAUGACACGUUGGACGAAGGAAAAUGCUGGCAGUCCCCAGCGAAGCGAAAUGUUCAACGAACUGUUUGGUCUAAUUGAUCGUGGAGCCCUGAAGGCACCUGCCCAUGAGAUGAUCUCGUUCGAAAACUACACUACGGCGGUUACGAAUGCACUCAAUAUUCAGGGCUUUGUUGGUAAAAAGUACAUUUUUCAGUUUUAAGAUCUGUGUUUAAUAUAAUUGUAACAUAAUGGUUGGGCACUCCAAAUAUGGCAUUGCACAAACGUUUGUAUGGGGUGGUAGUUUAUUACUACAAGAACAGAGAUUGAUACCUAUUGGUAGAAUCUUUUUUUCUUUUGUUUGCAUAGUCUAUCAACAUAAACAGAAGCAAAAUUACGAAAUGGGAAAAACUGCAACGGUUCAUAUCUGCGAUUGUUCAAAUGUGAUUAAAGUACACACAUGCAAGGAUUGGUUCUACAAAAAUGUUAAUUAUUUUACGUUUAAACUAAAUAAAACCAGACAUGAAAGAA